UCACAAGCUCUCCGCCGGCGCAGAAAAGUGCUCUCAGUGCGCAUUCGCGCUCACAGAAAACUGAAAACAAAAAAAGCAACGAAAAAAAAAAGCAGAAUGAAAACAGCAGCCGCUGGCAGCGGGUGGGACAGCUAUUUUUAUAUUGUACGCCGUUCGGUGCGCUAGUCGGUGGAAUCAAAAACAUUUUGAAAAACAAUCGCACACGUGUAUGUACGUGUGAAUGCGUGUCUAAUUGUGCAGUGUAAUUAUUAUAAAUAUGCAUUAACAAAUCAGCAACAGCCAUAACAACAACAAGGUAAAGUGCAUGCAAAAGCGAAUGAAAAAUAAAAACAGACUAGAAAAAAGUCAGCAACUGGGCGACGUUUAGUUGCUGUCAACGCGCAUAAUCGUAGCACAUCGCACACGGACACACACACACACACACACACACACAUGCAGACGUAGGCAGGCCAAAAAUACAUGUGUAUGCACGCGACUAUGCGGUGUGUGUGAGAGCGAGCGAGAGAGAGCGAGUGCAGCAGCAACAAGAACACAGGGUGAGUGCAUUUUUUAAACACACACACAAACAGUUAUUAAAAAGCAAUGCGUGUGCGCGACAAACGCAAGCAACAGAAGGAGCAAAAGGCUCAAAAAGCGAACGAUAAGCAAAAGCAGCAGCAACAGCAACAGACAGAAGCAGAGCCGAAAGCAGCAAGCAAAGCAGCGACGCCAACUGCGACGUCGACGGCGACGCCAACGUUGCCAGCGACGGAGAAAGUGGCAUUUGAUAAUCGCAUCAAACGCAAGAAUGUCUUGGCCUUGAAUGAAAAAGUGGCCGCAUUGCGUGAAUACGAUCGUCAACCCGUCUACAAACAUGUGGGACGCAUGUUCAACUGCAGUCCGGAUCAGAUCAAGCGGAUUGUGCAGCAAAAGGAGGAGAUCCUGAGGGCGUGGGAGCAACGCACACGACGCAGUCAGGAUGCCAAGACGCAGGAGUUGAAAGUGGUCCGCGUAUCGAUGUUGGGCAAAGCUGUUUACGAUUGGAUACGUCGCAUGAUGUACUACAAGGACUUCAUCAUCUCCGAUGGGUUGAUUCAGAAGAUGGCGCUGCAAUUCAAGAGCUUUAUGGGUCUGAACAACUUCUUUCCGCAUCAGGAAUGGUGCGACAAGUUUCGUGCCACAUACAACAUACAGCACAAUGAUACCAAGCUUCUGAAGAUUGGCUACACGCAAUCGCAUUCGGUGCAGAUCAAUGACAUAGCCAAGGAUGUGAUGUCCGAAUGCACGCCGGCUGCAGCGCAGCAGGAGCACGAGGAUCAGGAUGACGAGGAGGAGGAUGGCGACUUAAGUCUGGCCACCAUAAGUGGCAGCAGUCACGACGACGACGAUGGUGAUGAUGAGCGGGAUGUGGAUGUGGAUGGGGGAGGUGAUCUGACCGACGAGGAAGAACAAGAUGUUAAACCCACGAUCAGUGAACUGCAACAGACGCGUGUGCUCCAACCGCUGCCGCAGCUGAUGCGGUUGCCACAAGUUCCCCCCGGCACAUCGCAGAAGGUGCUGCUGGCCACGCCCAUUCUGCCACCCGGAGCAGCCGCCGCUGCUGGCGGAGCACAGACCAUGACCAUCAUACCGCUGGCAACUUUGGCCCAGAGCAUCACACAACGUCCGUUGACGGCGCCGACCACAACGACGACGGCGACGCCCAAGGCGGGAAUGCCGCCGCCUAUGCUCGACAUUAAGCAGGAGAUCAAAACGGAGCCCAAGGAUGAAGAGGAACAGCCACAACAACUACAACAGCAACAGCAGGAGGAAGAGAAGCCAAUCGAAGAGGAGCCGGAGCAGGAGCCUUUGGUGCGCAUCAAACAGGAGUUGGACAGCGAUGGUGAGCUGCUCGAUGGGGAGGAGGAUGAGGAGGGCGACAACGGGGGGCGAUCGAGUGUCAAUUCAUUGGUCGAAAUUCUCGCUGGCAAUGCGGAUGUGGAACAGCAAUACAUUGAGCAAACACGUGCGAUGCGCAGCUUGGAAUAUGCCACGCCCCCGAUGACAAUACUUCCGCCCAUGCCGACGCUAACCAAAGCCCCAAGGCAAUCGCCACUUCCGACAGCAACAGCGACGCCGCCGCCGCCAGCAAAGCGGCAACGACACGAUGACAACAACAACGGAGAGCAAUCAUCAUCGACAAUCAUCAGCUGUUCAGAGGCGCGCAAGUACCUGAAGCGAUUGGAGGAGUUCGCACUCUCCAGGGAGAACUAUCGCCUCAUUGGGCUCAUCACGCGAGCCGAUGAAGUCAUGCGAGAGCUGGCAGAUGAAUAGAAAGAGUCGAAGAUACCAAAGUAUCUGACGGAUAUGGAAAGUAUCUAGAAUGAGAUACUUAUCGAUUGAAAGCAGAUAGUAUAUUCAGAUAAACAGGACAUGGAGAAGGAGUUGAAGACACAAAAGUAUCUGACGGAUAUGGAAAGUAUCUAGAAUGAGAUACUUAUCUUGAGAUAAACAGGACAUGGAGAAAGAUUUGAAGACACAAAAGUAUCUGGUGGAUAUAAAAAGAAUCUGCAAUGAAUAGAAAGAUUUGAAGAUACAAAAGUAACUGUGGGAUAUAGAAUGAGAUACUUAUGCAAAUAGUAUCUUAAGAUAAACAUAACAUGGAGAAACAGUUAAACAUACAAAUGUAUCUAUUAGAUACAAAAAUAUCUUUUAUAUAUAUAUAAAACAUUAGCAACUAAACUAUCUAAGCACAUCUUGAAGAUGAAAUCAAUCAUUAGCAAUAACGUGAAUAUUUUAGUUUGUUUUUUGUUUUUACUUUGUACACGUACCAAAUACAUUUAAACCAAAAAUAUAGCAACUAAAUCACAUAAAAACA